AUGUAUAUCGCAAGAGAUAUGGUGCCCAUAUACACCGUGGAAAAGCCGGGGUUUAUUCACCUGCUGAAAGUUUUGGACCCCAGGUACGUGCUACCAGGCAGCAAACAUUUUUCUGAAGUUGCCUUGCCUCAGCUGUAUAACAGUACGCGCCAAAGGAUCGCUACGGAGCUGGAGGGAGUGCCGUUCUACUCCGCAACAACCGAUCUGUGGUCCAGCAAAGUGAUGCAGCCCUACCUAAGUUUAACGGUGCACUUCAUAAGCGAUGACUGGACUCUGCGGAGCGUCUGCCUCCAAACGGCUUACUUUCCCGAUGACCACAAAGGGGAAAUAAUUGGCCACGGGCUUAAAGACGCUCUGAGCUCGUGGAAUCUUGCUGAGGACCGACUCACCUGUGUGACCACUGACAGCGGUACCAACAUGAUCAAAGCUCUGAGAGACAAUGAGUGGCCCAGCCUUCAGUGCUUUGGACACAGAUUGAACUGUGCUAUAGAGAACGGUGUGAAGGACCCACGAGUCGUGUGUGCAGUUGGGGUUUGUAAAAAGGCUGUGUCUGCCUUUUCUUACAGCUGGAAGAAAAGAAAAGAGAUGGCUGAAGUGCAGGCUGAGCUGGGUCUACCCACUCAUCAGCUAGUAACAGAGUCCCCGACCAGAUGGGGCUCACGCCAAAAAAUAAUUGAGAGGUUUCUCGAACAGGAGAAGGCCAUAGUCCGUGUCCUGGGUUCGGACAAGAGAAGUCGCCAUCUUGUGCCCACUUGGCAAGAUCUUGAAGUCUUAGAAUCCAUAAAUAAAGCUGUGAAACCACUCCAAGACUUUACUGACGCACUCUCUGGCGAGUCAUAUGUCAGCGUUUCGUGCAUUAAACCCGUGCUCCAUUUGUUCAGAAUCAGUCUCCUACAGCAAGAGGCAGAUGACACAGAGCUCACUGCAACAAUAAAAGGAAACAUAAUGCAGUACCUCGAUGACAAAUACAGCAACGCUGUGCAGGAUGAACUGUUGGACAUUUCCUCACUGAUGGACCCAAGGUUCCAUACAACCCACACUGACCCAGACAAGGAACAAGUCAAAAAAAGAGCUGUCACUGAACUCAUGUCUCUUGCUCCUGCUGACAAGAGUACACCACAGCAGCCUGGACCAGCUGUGCAGGUGUGUGAAGAAGAACAGCCUCUGCCCAAGAAAAAAAUGACUUUAGCUGCCUUCUUCAAGAAGAAUGCACCAGUGUCAUCUCCUGACCAGCCAGAGGCAGUGAAAAUAGAGACUGAGCUGACGACGUACUUAUUGACCCCCGAGGUUGACCCAGACACCGAUCCACUUGACUGGUGGAAGCGCCAUCAACCUAACUUUCCAAGGCUAAGUAAUUUGACAAAGAAAUACCUCUCAGUCCCAGCUACAAGUGCCCCCUCUGAGAGGGUUUUCAGUGUGGGGGGGAGGCAUUGUUACAUGCCACCGUGCAUGCCUCAAGCCAGAGGUGGUAGACAGGCUUGUCCUCCUGGCUAA